AUGCCCAUCCCCACAACGAACAUCGUAACACCGGGAACAUCCGUGAACAUCAUCCUAAAAGCCGACCAACCUACGGGACGCACCGUGUCGGGGGUGAUUUCCGAGGUGUUGACGAGGGGGAAUCAUCCGAGGGGGAUUAAAGUCCGGUUGAGGGAUGGGAGGGUCGGGAGGGUGCAGUCUCUUGUUUCUACUUCUUCUUCUUCUUCUUCUUAUUCUUCGUUGGGGGAUUCGACUGGGGGAGAAGGUAAAAGGGUGAGGUUUGUUGGGGAUGAGGAGGGGGAGAGCAGGCCGGAGGAGAGGGUUGGGUUGGAUGCGUAUGUUGUUCCUGGGGUUGGGGGGAGGCAGCAGGGGGGGAGGAGAGGGGGGAUGACAUCUCAGAGUCAGAGGCAGAGUGACUUUGAGUAUAGUAUUGUGAAGUGUCCCGUUUGUGGGGAGUUUGAGGGCGAUGAGGCUGCGGUGGCGCAUCAUGUGGCGGGGCAUUUUGAUUGAGGGUUUGAUUUUUUAUAUGUUGGGUUUGUUAUGGGUUUGGUUUGGAUGGGAUGUUGGUUUAUGUGAUGAGGCGGGCGUUUAUGUGAGGGAUGGGAUAUGAUGAGGGUGAUAUUUGU